ACACGGAAAUGCAUCCUCCCCUCCCUCGUUCGGUAGACGUGAGUCGGGACCCAUCCAGCAAGAUCGUAUGUUCAACACUCUAAAAGGGAAGAAGGCUGCUAAAAUGUUGUAUGUGGAGACCACUCCAUUCCAUGUCUCAUGCAAGUAGCAACCAUGGAAGAAACCAUGAUGUCUUCUACCCCAAGGAAGCGCCCAAAACUCAAACCCAAACCCAAUGUUAAACCUUCUCCUCCUCCUUCAGAUUCUUCGCUGAAGUCUCUGAUCGAACCCCCACACAAUUUAUUCCCUUCGAGGGGCGAGUUCCUGAGGCUCACGGCGGUGCUCGGCAUCGCAACCUUCGUCGCUUUAGCCUCCAACUUCUUGGCCACCAGUUUCAUCAAUCGCCAACCCAAGCCCUUCUGCGAUAAUCGCGACUUAGACUCCCCUGAUUCAGUCUCCGAUUUCUGUGAGCCUUGUCCAAGUAAUGGAGAAUGUUAUCAAGGCAAGUUGGAAUGUGUUCGUGGUUAUAGAAAGCAUGGGAGGUUAUGUGUAGAAGAUGGAGAUAUUAAUGAAACAGCUAAGAAACUUUCAGAGUGGAUAGAAAUCCGUCUUUGUGAAGCACACGCUCAAUUUUUGUGUGAUGGAAUUGAAACAGUUUGGGUAAGAGAGGAUGAUUUAUGGAAAGAAUUAAAUGGACACGAGCUGAUGAAAAAUCUUGUCCUGGACAAUGCUACCUACAUGUAUACAAAACAAAGGGCAAUGGAUGCUGUUGGCAGAUUGUUGGAGACAAGGACCAAUCUUCAUGGAGCAGAGCACAAGCCAUUUUCUUGUCGCAUUCGUCAGUGGUUCUCUGAGCACAUUCUUAUCAUUUUUCCAGUUUGUGCACUGGUUGUUGGAUGCACAUUGUUGCUUCUGAAAGUCCUUCGUAGACGAUAUCUAUCAAGCAGAGCUGAAGAGCUAUACCACCAGGUUUGUGAAGUACUUGAGGAAAAUGCAUUGAUGUCAAAGAGAGUAAAUGGAGAAUGUGAUCCUUGGGUUGUUGCUUCUAGGUUACGAGAUCAUCUUCUUUUGCCAAGAGAGAGGAAGGACCCUGUGCUAUGGAAAAAGGUAGAAGAAUUGGUUCAGGAAGAUUCUCGAGUAGAUCGUUAUCCAAAGCUGGUGAAGGCUGAAUCAAAAGUAGUCUGGGAAUGGCAAGUUGAAGGCUCUUUAAGCUCUGCAAGGAUGAGAAAAAAGGUAGAGGCAAGCAAACUGAAGUCCAAUGAGGGAAUUUACAUAAAUUCUGACCAACGACGCCACACAUUGAAGGCUGCUGGAAUGAUAUGUUGUACCACAAAUUUCAUGCAGAGCCGAAGGCGCUGAUUUUUUGAUGUGGGCUUCGGGUUCUCUCCCCACCGAAUGCUGAAACAACUAGGACCCAACCAAGGUCUUUUGUAAUUUCAAGUCAAGCUCUUUGUUUUGUACUUUAUAUGGGGAUUGAACAAGAUGUCUCACCGAUGGAAAUGUUGGGACCUUCUAUUGGAAGAAUAUAGAAAUUGUAUCAUGUUUAGAGGUAAUUUCAGGAGGUCCAGUUAUGUCUUGUACAUCUGUGCUCUGUUUGGCCCUUUGAAUAACGAUUGAAUACAAGUUUAGAUCUGUUUUCGUGGGCUUA